UAUAAAAAGCUAGGGCCACUCCUAUCAAGGCUGCAUGUCUGGAGACCACUCUGGUGCUCUGCAGCCAAUAAAGGGAGGAGGCUGCAGCUGGCAUCCUGCGCGCGUAUACAGGAGAUACGAAAGAGAGUGAUAGAGAGAAAGAGAGAGAGAGAGGAUGGCCACCCUGGUAGAAUCCGCAGAUAUGGAGACUUUAGGCGGCCAAAGCACCACCGGGGCAUCUCCGACCUCCUCCAGCCCCUCGCAGCACUUCAACGACAGCAAAUUUUACCUGCUGGUGGUUAUCGGGGAGAUCACAACGGAGGAUCACCUAAAGUGUGCCAUUGCGGACAUAGAGAAAGGGAUCCGCUCAUGGGACACCAACCUUAUCGACUGCAACCUGGACCAAGAACUCAAGCUGUUUGUCUCCAGACACUCAGCUCGUUUCUCUGCAGACGUCAGAGGGCAGAGAAUUCUUCACCAUAAAAGUAAUGUCCUGGAGACGGUAGUGCUCAUCAACCCUUCAGAUGAUGCAGUCUGUACCGAGGUUCGUUUGAUGAUCUCAGACACUGCGAGACACAAGCUUUUGGUUCUCUCAGGGCAAUGCUCUGACAACACAGGGGAGGUGAUUCUUCAGUCUGGAUCUUUCUCUUUCUUUAACUUCAUCGACAUAUUCACUGACCAAGAGAUUGGUGAACUGCUCAGCACCAUUCACCCGGCAAACAAAGCCAACCUUACACUCUCCUGCCCUGAACAAGGCGACUGGAAAAACUCCAACUUGGACAAACACAACCUGCAGGACUUCAUUAACAUGAAAAUAAACUCCACUCUCAUACUCCCUGAAAUGGAGGGCCUCUCAGAGUUCACAGAGUAUUUAUCUGAAUCAGUAGAGAUCCCAUCUCCUUUUGACAUGUUAGAGCCACCAACCUCAGGUGGAUUCCUCAAACUUUCCAAACCAUGCUGUUACAUUUUCCCUGCUGGCUGUGGUGACUCUGCUCUCUUUGCUGUCAAUGGAUUCAACAUGCUCAUUAAUGGUGGCUCGGACAGGAAGUCAUGCUUCUGGAAGCUAGUGAGACAUCUGGACAGGGUGGACUCCAUCCUUCUGACCCACAUUGGUGAUGACAACCUGCCAGGCAUCAAUAGCAUGCUGCAAAGGAAGGUGGCAGAGCUUGAGGAGGAACAGUCACAGGGUUCAACAGCUAACAGUGACUGGGUGAAGAACAUGAUUUCUCCAGAUAUUGGUGUUGUGUUUGUGAAUCUUCCUGAAAACCUGGAAAUUCCUGAACCUAACUACAGAGUGCGAAGGAAUGUUGAGGAAGCAGCGUUCACUCAGCAGUUCCUCAACAAGCUGAAUCUGAGGAUAGAGCCCCUGCAAAGGCCUGUUGGAAACACCAUAGAGCCAAUCAUACUUUUUCAGAAAAUGGGUGUUGGGAAGCUUGAGAUGUAUGUGCUUAAUCCAUCAAAGAACAGCAAGGAGAUGCAGCACUUUAUGAAGCAGUGGACAGGUAGUGAAAAAGACACUGCUUCUAUUCUGCUGCCAAAUGGAAAAGAAUCUGAGUUCCCUGUCUCAUACCUGACUUCUAUCUCUUCACUUAUCGUGUGGCACCCUGCAAAUCCAUCAGAUAAGGUUGUGCGUGUUCUCUUUCCUGGAAAUGCAACCCAGCAUCACAUCUUUGAAGGUUUAGAGAAACUUAAGCACCUGGACUUCCUGAAGCUGCCAGUUGUCACUCAAAAAGCGAUGUCCUCUACUUUGCCGUCAACACCAACACUAAAGCAAGCUAAGAUGAAACACAGAACAGACAGCAAGGAGAGCCUAAAGUCUACACCAAAACCAUCCCCAAUCAAAAGUAUCAGGAAAGAUUCAAAAGAGGAAACACCAGAAAAGGCAAAGACAGAUGCAGAAUCAUCUCAUGAAAAAACACAAAAGGCAGAGAAAAAGGACAAGGUCCCACUGAAAAAGGAAAAGCCAAAGGCUUCUGAGAAAGAAUCUAAAGCAAAGGCAGAGCAAACAGCCCAAAAUGAAACUCCAGAAAAAAAGAAAGUUGUUAAAAAGGAGACCAAAUUGUCCAUGGAAAAGAAAAGGGAGGUUAAAAAAGAAGUAGCAAAGAAAGAUGAUACACCCAAACAAGAUGCUAAAAAGGACGAAAAAGUAAAGAAAGAGGAGGCAAAGAAAGUUAUAAAAAAGGAUAUCAGAAGAGACUCACCUAUGAAGGAGAAGAAGGAGGAAAAGAAAGAGCUAAAGAAAGAUGUCAAAAGGCCCUCUAAAGACUUAAAAAAGACUACUGUGGGUGAAGAAAAGAGUCUAGCACCAAAACCGAAGCCUCUGAAAAAAGACAAUGUCUCAAAGAAAGAUGUAGGAAUCCCAUCAAAGUUGAAAGAGAAAGGAAAGUCAAAAGUGACAAAGAAAGAAACAAAGGUGGAUAGUAGCAAACUUGCAGCUAGUGCAGAGGCUGUUGCAGAUGAUCCAGAAGCAGUGAGAUCUCUGAUGUCCUCACCAGAGGACCUCACUAAGGACUUUGAGGAGCUUAAGGCUGAGGAGUUGGUGGAGGAUGAUGCAACUGUGCAACAAAAUAAGGAGGAAGAGGCUGUGAUGAUACACCAUGAAGAAAUAAUACAAACCAAAGAGUCACCUGAGGCAUUAGAGUCUGUGGAUGAGGGUAUAACCACAACAGAGGCUGAAGGAGAAAGUGGAGAGACUCCAGAUGAGCAAGUUCUCAAGGGAAAACUCAAUGGCAGUGUAAGUGAGAAGUUUGAAGAUGAAGGCACUGUAAUGGAGGAGACAUCUGAGGGAGGAGAUUAUGAAGAGAAGGGAGAGACAGAAGAAGUUCAUGAACCACAGAGAGUGGAACCAGAUAAAGAUAAGCUUACUCCCUGUGAAGAUGAGCACCAAGACAGAAAUUAUGAAGUCAAACCAGGAGUUGAAGACAACAAUGAUGUGACUAAUAAAAAUGUAGAAAGUCAGCACGUCAGUGAUAAAGAAACAGAGAAACUUAAUGUGUUUGUAUCAGCCUCACCCAAAGUGUCCUCACCAGUUUCUCCGGCUGCAUCUAUCCAUGAUGAACUGCCUCCAGUUGGUUUUGAGAGCUCAGUAGCCUCGGAUGAUGAGGACAGAGAUGAACCCCCUGAGGAUUACACCGUCACCUCUGGCAACACUCAGUCAACCAUUGAGAUCUCCAGUGUGCCUACUCCCAUGGAUGAGAUGUUGACUCCAAGGGACAUUAUGAGUGACGAAACCACCAAUGAUGAAUCUCCUUCACAGGAUGUUGGCAGGUUUGGGACCUCAGCAUCUGGCGAAUUUGAUCGGAAGAAGCUGUCUCCACUUCAGGACAUGCCAGUGUCAGAUCACUCUCACAGUGAUGCCACAGAAGGCCACGACUACAACCACUCCGCUUCCACAAUAUCGCCCCCUUCAUCAUUAGAAGAGGAUAGGUUCUGUAAGGAGUUUCCCUCUGCAGGGAAAGCUGAAGCAUUUUCCACAGCUCAAGAGUCAUGUGAGAAGUACGACACAGACCCGGCUAAACUCAGUUCAACAUCCACAACAUCACCUCUUGUACGUUCUCCCUCAGUGGACCGCAAGGACACGUUUGAUUCUCCAUCAAUAUUUGCUGCUCCAAUAGAACUGUCCACCACACUGACCGGGUGCGCCAAAGCACCAGCUGAUUCCUCCAUCAGCCCAGAUGACAAGACAUUGGAAGGAGCUAACUCGCCACAAUCCUCUGGUCACACACCUUAUUAUCAGUCACCAGUAGAUGAAAAAGCAGGAGCUCUACCACAUGUGUCAGAAGACAAAGCACAGGGUCCAAUAAUUGUGGAGGUCACAAGUGAUAAAGAUGAUUCCUCCAAUAGAGUUACCCCAGAGCCUUAUGAGCCAGAACCAGAAAGUUCCUCCCCUGUAGAGAGAGUAAUGUCCUCUCCAAAAAGCCCACCUCCAACUACACUUGAUUCCCCAAAAAGCCCACUGCCAGCUAAACCCGAUUCCCCAAAAAGCCCACCUCCAGCUGAACAUGAUUCCCCAACAAAGAUGGAAAAGUCACCCUUUGAUGUAGAUCACAAGAAAACUGAAGAAAACAGCAAUUCAGUCUUGUCGUCAGCACCAAUGACUAAACAUGAAUCAGACACUAAUCCUUUCACAUCUUUCAAAGAAGAGAGUAAAAUGUCUAUUUCAGAGGGUACCACAUCAGACAAGUCAGAAACCCCUCUGGAGGAAGUGGUAGCAGAAGAUACAUUUUCACAUUUAGCUUCAGCAUCCACAGCUUCUCUGGCCACCAGCUCCUUGCCAGAACCCACCACUGACUCUCCUUCGCUUCAUGCUGAGGUAGGCUCCCCUCACUCAACAGAAGUAGAUGACUCUUUGUCUGUCUCAGUGGUUCAGACCCCAACUACCUUCCAGGAGGCUGAGGGAUCUCCAUCCAAGGAAGAUAGCCCAAGGCCCAUGUCUAUCUCCCCAGACAUCUCACCAAAGACAAAAAGUAGAACACAAAUGCAGGACACAAAAUCCCCAGAGCACUCCACCAUGUCAAUAGAAUUUGGUCAGGAGUCCCCUGACCACUCCUUAGCCCUGGACUUUAGUAAGCAAUCCCCAGAGCACCCAUCUGUGGGAGGUAGCUCACGUGCUACGGAGAAUGGCCCAACUGAGGUUGAACACAGCCCUUCUGAUGGAAUGAAUGGAAGACCAUCUGAGGAGCAUAGCUCUACGGUGGAGAAGCCUCUUCUUUUUGAUGAGAGCGAUUCAGUCCUUGCAACUUCUGCAACCCCAUCAGAUGCAUCUCAAUCUACUCCUUCUGUUACAACUCCAUGUCAAAUGUCAGAAAUGUCACAUGUUGUGGCUGAGCAGACAGAAAAGUCUCCAGUCACCCCAAAGGCAUCAUCUCUCACUCAUUCUCCCCAUUCCAAUGAGCCAUCCCCAGUGCUAGGAGGUCCCCCGGCUAGAGACAGCACCAGCCCAAUUUCACCAUCCGCGGAGAGCAUUUCUAAUAAAUCUGACACACAGCAGAAAUACGACAAGUCACCCUCACCUCCCAAUGCUACUUCCCCAUCAUCUUCUUUUACCUUUUCAAAAGAACAGACUUUUUCCCCAGUAAAGGAGACUAAUCCCUUUAAAUGUGAGGAUUCUACACAUGAGGCAAAAUCCCCUGUUAGCCACAAAGUUCCCCUUCCAUCAUAUCUACCUCUUUCCUCUGAUCUGUGUAAUUAUAAUUCUGCCUGUGGCUCCAGGGACCCAGACCCCACUAAGAAGAGCCCCUCUGCUCCAUCUAAGACAGAUGUCGACCUCUGCCUAGUAACCUCAUGCGAAUACCGUCACCCCAAGACAGAACUAUCCCCAUCUUUCAUCAACCCUAACCCUCUAGAGUACUUCAUCAGUGAGGAGAAUGCCUUGAAUGAGGAGAAGCCUCUCGCCAAGUUAGGAGGUGGACCCCCACCCCCAGGAGGUAAGCUUUCUGCCAAGCAAUGUGAGGAGACCCCACCCACAUCUAUCAGUGAAUCUGCCCCCUCCCAGACAGAUUCAGAUGUUCCACCAGGGACAGAGGAGUGCCCCUCCAUUACAGCCGACGCUAACAUUGACUCUGAAGAUGACUCUGAGACGCUGCCUACUGACAGAACCUUGACCUACAGGCAUGCUGAUCCUCCUCCGGUGGCUCUCAGGGACUCUGCUCCAUCUUCAGGCCACCAUGAUGUCUGCAUGGUGGACCCAGAGGCGCUGAAGGCUGAAGAAAACCUCCACAAUGCAAAUACAGAUGGAGGAGAAAAGCCCAAGAAGAAAAAACUCAUGAAAAAGUCUUCCUCACCAGCCAGGAAGACUGCUCUAUCAAAAGUGAAGGACUCGAAGACUGCCUCUCCAAAGAAGACUGUCGGAGAAGGGAAAGAUGCCAAAAAUGCAACCAAUACCUCUGCAUCCAGAGGUGUAAAAAGUGCCACAUCAGGUACUGGCAGUGGAAAGGUAUCAGGUGGGGCCUCUCUGCCCAACUGUCCUCCCAUGUACAUGGAUUUGGUUUACAUUCCCAAUCACUGCAGUGCCAAGAAUGUGGAUGCUGAGUUCUUUAAGCGUGUGCGCUCCUCUUACUAUGUAGUCAGUGGCAAUGAUCAGACAACUCAGGAGCCCAGCAGGGCUGUCCUUGAUGCUCUGCUGGAAGGAAAGGCCCAAUGGGGCAACAAUUUGCAGGUCACUCUGAUUCCAACCCAUGAUACUGAUGUGAUGAGGGAAUGGUACCAAGAGACCCACGACAAACAGCAGGAGCUCAACAUCAUGGUCCUGGCAAGCAGCAGCACUGUCGUCAUGCAGGAUGAGUCCUUCCCGGCUUGUAAGAUUGAGAUGUAGGCCUGUUUAACAAGAGAUCAGGAGGCCUAGUGAGUGAUAAUGAGAGGGGUCAUUAUUUGAGGAAGAAAAAAAAAUCAUGUAGCAUAAAACCUAAGCAGACACUUAAACACUUAAAUGCUAAAAUGAUACUUCUUGUGUACUAAACUAUAAAAAAAUAAAUAUCUUAAAUGAGGACUAACAAUAACACAAUUAGCUUUGAGGGACUCCAUGCAAAGGACAAUGUUUUCUAUAUAAAAGAAUACAGACUUGAUACUUUAUCUGAUUUUUAGGUAUAAAUAGAUUGUACUGGGGAUGAAAUUAGAAACCAAAAACCCAGACAUGCCAUUAUUGUCCAACUAUACUAACUCUAGUACAGAUUAAGUAAGGAUGUUGUCGUUGAUGUAUUGAGUUUCCUCUGCAUUCCCAGAUCAAAAUACAUCAGAGCUUUUAAUCAAUUUAACUGCUGUCAAGCAAAUUUUAUAUUCUUGAAUAAUGGUUGUUAUUCACACCAAAGGAUAAAACAAGGUGUUUUCUGUUUAUUGCCUUAGGGAGUCAAAAUGAAUGUAUAAGAACUGGUGCAACUAGCAGAAGAGUAGGCAGGUAUACACGCCAGAGAUCUGUCCCAAAAAGGGACUGUUAGAUGGUUACACAGUUGAAUGAAGGAAAAUAUAAAUUAGCUUGAAAGGAUUCAUUGAUAAGCAUUAAUAUGAUGUCUGACUUCAUAUUCAUCACGGGCGAGACAAAGUGCCCCUACCAUCGUGAAACUGUUCCUUAUGUUUUCAAAUCGGCUGGAUUUUAUUUGAUUUAAAAUGUAUGUUUGGGGUAUUUUUUGUCUGGCUUAUGUUUCUGCUGAUGUAUGAAUAUUAAUUUAUGAUGCUAAAUUUAAUUUAUUGUGCUUGAUUGUCCAGAUAGCCUUUUACACUGUGCAACAGGAAGUGUACAACAUUGCUGUUGUUACAUCUAUAAGAUUUAUAAUUUUCCACAAUGUUAAUGCUUUUUAGAGGAUUACCUUCUAUUUAAGAUCAUCUGUUUUAUUUACAGAUUUUAAGUUAUGUCAGAAGGAGAAAAUUAGAUCUUAUUUCUUGUACCUGUUUUUUAUGUAAUCAUUGCGCUAUGGGGGAGCUAGUCUUUUACCAUUGUAAAGCUGGUGAGGCAGGAUAUUUUCAUAAACCUUAAAAUGUCUUGUUUUUCUAAAGCAUUGUACUAUAAUUAUAAAUAGCUUUGUGGCCGAUGGAGUGGUUGGAAGAUGUGCAUGAGUUAUAACACAUUAGGAGUUCUUCUCUUUUUUUACAUGGGGAUUUGCAUUAAGAACAAGAGGGCUAUACAGGCUAAAUACAGAGGCAUUCUAUGAUUUUUGCAAGUCAUGCCAUGGCAUUGUACACUACAGUAAAUCCAGCUAUUUCGAAUGGCACUGUAUCAAUAUAAAACUUGGUACAGCACAGUGUACAUUUUCAGGUUGGUGUGAGCAUUCUGGGAGGCUGAAAAUUUCUUGUGACAGAAGAGUUUCUCCUCUUUAACUAGGAUGAAAAGGAAACAGCUUCCAGUAGAGGUAUAGUCUUGAGAAGGGCAGCACACAGAGGUGAAAGUGAGUGACUUGUGUGUUUUAGAUGAAAGUAUGUAAAACAAAAACUAGACACUUUAAACACAGACAUGACACAUACCAAACUUACAGUAAAGAGGCCACUGAUCAGCAUUUGCAGGCCUGCUUCUGGAGAAACAUUUAACAGAUCACAACUCGAUGAUUACAGGCUUUGGUACUUUGGGCUAUUCAAUCAACUCACCAAGUUCACCAGAUAUUCCUGAAAUGAUGUCAGGUGUUCGUGAUACCACUAUAGACCAGUUUUCCUGCAGGGGAACCUCAAACCAACACCAUGACCAACCACAAACCUACAAUAUCUGAACUGACAUUUCUCUUGACUUGACAUUUCUCUUUUCUCUGACUUCUUUCUCUACACUCCCUCUAUUUCUCUCUCUUUCUAUUUAUCUCUGCCUUUUCUCCUAAUCUUUCUCUUGGGAGAACUUUAAUAAUGUUUGUCUGCAGCUGUGUGGUAUAUUUGUCUUGUGAUCUUGCAUCCUCUCUGCCCUUUUCCCAAACUCAUAUGUAACCUAUAGCAAUUAGUUUCAAGUGAAAGUAUUCCUUAGUGCUUUCUGAUGUUUGUGUGCAAUAUUUCCUCUACCCAUAUGGCAAAUCUGAUGUAAGGGGAACCACUACUAAAGAACAAACAUUCAAAAACAACCACAAUAAAAUCUGUUGUGAAAAAUGAGAA